UUUUACUGUUAACAUAUCCGUACAAAUGUUGAAAAUCAAAGAGGAAAACAAAAGAAAUUAGCUAUAACGCUCGUAGGUCUGUUUACCUGCUUAACUCGCCUUUAAGCUAUCUACCUACAAACUAACUUCCAUCAAAUAGAAGUGUUCUUCGAUAUUACUUGUUCCUAACUUCAGCUAGAAAUAAGCAAUUCAAACCUAUAAAAACAAACUUUUCGUGUUCUUGAGCACAAGAGGAUGUUAUAUGUAAAGGGAAAGAUGAGUUUUGUAAUUCAAAUACCAAAAAGGACUGUUUACUUUGACAAAUUGUAAAUAUUUGGAAGUCUACUGGUUUCAGUAAUUACUUAAUUUCUGAGAGUGGAAAAAUUUAAAUCUCUAUACAGCAAAAAUCAAAACUUUGUGCAGCUUUCAAAACCUUUCAAAUCAAAAAGCAAAUUUUCGAACGCCACAAAAAUGACUUUUACAAUAUGGUAGAGCAAUUGUUUGACAUCAGUGUGAAGGACUUUGAGAUAAAGUUGAGACACGAUGAAUCAAUGCCUCGUGAUACUUCUGCUUUACAAGAGGAUUUGGCCUUCUUAGAUGAUCAAAGAACUAACAGAAAUAUGAUCAUAUCUUCUAAAAUUGAUACAGAGCUUGAAGUAAGGUUUCAGAGAAAGAUUGAAAGAUGCAAGAGGAAAGAAGAAUAUAAAUAUCGAGUAUAGAAGACCAACGAUUCGAUAAUUCAUGACAAGGAAGAAAAAAUUGGGGAAAAAAGGCAAUGUAAUCACAACUUUUUUCCUAACAAUGAUAUAAAUUUCAAUUUCGCAAGUGAGGAACCUACAGAACCUAAAAAAACAAGAGCUGAAUCACAAUUAGAUGCUGGAAGUGUAAUUGCCAAGUCGGAAGAUUUUGUCCCAAAUAAAAAUGUUAAUUUUCACGAAGCAAGCUCAUCAGUAGCUCAAAGUAGGCAUCAUUUUAGACCAGCAUAUUACAGAGUAGAAAAGGAGAUAACCAGUGACGGUCUCAUUGCAGCAACAACUUCCACCAGUGUAAGGGCCGGUCUCAGCAUUCGAGAUCAAACCCUUCUUAUUGCAAGAGUAGUAAACUAUUUAGGAGGAGAUGUUAAACAGCUAAAGUUAAGAGAGAAUCUGUCAAAAGGCGACGUUACAGAUUUUUAGAAGAGGAAGGAGGCCAGAUGCGUAAUGAAUAUAUUAAUUUAAUGGCUAACAAGAUGUUAGUUUUACAUUUUGAUGGUAAAAUUUUAAAGCAUAUUGAGGAGGACACUAGACAGGCAACUACUGCAGAUAGACUAUCAAUAUCUGUUACUAGCCCUAAGUUUGAAACCAAAGAUGAUCUUUUACUUGGUGUUGUGCUAACUGAUAGUGGUAAGGGAAUCGAUAUGGCUAUAAGUAUUAUGAAUCUCCUAGAAUAUUUUGAAAUUUGUGAUUAUAUUGUAGGAUUCUGUUCUGAUACCACAGUAAGUAACACUGGAUGGAAAUCUGGUGCAAUAACUAUUAUGGCAAGAUUUCUUGAUAAACCAUUUCUUUGGUUAUUGUGUAGACACCAUAUUGCUGAAAUAAAUAUUACUUGGGCUUUUAAGGCAAUUUCAAUGGAAAUGUCUAAAGCCCCUGCGAAUAAGUUACUAAAAGAUUUUCAGAAGAAAUGGAUAACAGAAUUUUUACCUAAAGUUUCAGCUAGUGGUGCUGUAGAAAAGUUCAAACAAUUUUCUGAGCAAGACCUUAUUGUUGGUAGUGAUCUCUGCAAACACUAUUGGAAGUCUAAAAAGUUUGUAACUAAAGCACUAGAACAUGAAAUCUUCCCAAGGUAUGUAAAAAUAUAAAAUGAAUUAGUUUUUCCAUAAAUAUACUUUUUAUUUUAAAGUUACUAAAUAAAAUUAGGAAUAUUUUAGGAAUGAUUACAGGCAUCUUGUUGAAUAUUUCGCGUAUUACAUGAAUGUUAAGUCUGAGAAAUUAAAUAAUUUUCACAUCGAUCAGCCUGGCGUCUGUCACAAUGCAAGGUUUAUGGCCUAUGCAAUAUAUUUUCUAAUGCUCGAUAUGACAUCCACAGUCAUUGAAUAUCUGACUCCUGAAAAGAAACAUAUGGCCUCAAGGGUAGCGUUUAUUGUUGCUAUUUAUUAUGGAAUAAUAAAUAGCAACUUUCUUUUUAUGACCUUUCUUAAAUCAGGCGAAGCAGAGCAUGCUGUUCUAAUUGAUUUUAAUGUAUUCAAAAUUGCUGUAACAAUUAAAACAGAAUGGGAAACUUUGUUUACAGUUCCCACAAUGAGGAUCAGAUACAGAACAUUCUUUUGGUAGUCAGAGAGCACAGAAAACUUAUAACAAAAGAUAUGUUGCUUAAGGAACUGGUAAAGCUAAAACCUAGAGUUGAAAAAUUGUUGUAAAAUAAUAGCUAACUGUAUGUAACUAUAAACAGUAUUUUUUUUCUUGUAAGAUCAAACAAAAGUUUAGAUAUGAACAUAUUUUAACGCGUAAAAAAUGACAUAAAGUUCAGCCAAUCCUCAAUAUUUGAAAAAUUACAUGUAGCAUUUCCAACAAAUAAAAAUAAGUGAUAUUUUGUAUUUAGACUAACUGAAUGUUGUA